AGAGAGCAUAGAAAUUCACGCCGACUGAAAGAAACCAGCAAAACACAAGAGAGUACACCACUGCGUACCAACUCGACGGCCGCCGCUCCCCCUGCACCUCGUCGACGGUCCGCCGGUGUCCGGUCUCCGCUACCCCUCCUCCUUUACCUCGCCGAUUUCCCGCCUCCGCCUCCGCCUCCGGUCCUCCUCCUCCUGCACUGCACCUAGCCGAAGUCUGCUCUCCGCCACCGCUCCUCCUUUACCUCGCCGAUGUCACGCCGCUAUACCAUCACACUGAUCUCCCGCCUCCGAGUCCCCCGCCGCUGCUCCUCCUCCACCUCCAUCUCGCCGCCCUCACGCUCCUGGUCUCCCCGCGACGCCUUUGCCGCGGCCACAGAGCGCGUGCGCGCCGGCACGCUCAGCCCGGAAGAUGCACACAACCUGUUCGAUGAAUUGCUGCGGCAGGGCACUCCGGUCCCCGAGCGCUCCCUGAACGGCUUCCUUGCCGCCCUCACCCGUGCUACGUCCUCCAAUGCCUGCAUCAAAGAUGGCCCCGCCCUCGCCCUUGCUCUCUUCACCCGAGGGUGCAGAGAAGAAGCCGGCCCGCAGGUGGCGGUGCCCACCGUUUGGACCUACAACAUCCUCAUGGACUGCUGCUGCCGCGCGCGUCGCCCAGACCUAGGGCUCGCCUUAUUCGGGUGUAUCCUCAGGACGGGGUUGAAGAUAGACCAAAUCACCGCCAACACCCUCCUCAAGUGCCUCUGCUAUGCGAAACGGACAGAAGAGGCUGUGUACGUGCUGCUUCAUAGUAUGUCCAAGCUCGGAUGUGUGCCUGAUGCCUUCGCAUACAACAUAGUUCUUAAGAGCUUAUGUGAGGAGUCGAUGAGCCAGCAGGCACUCGACCUGCUCUGGACGAUGGCAAAAGAUAGAGGUGGCUGCUUCCCUGAUGUGGUGGCAUAUAACACGGUCAUCCAUGGCUUUUUCAAGGAGGGUGAAACAGGCAAGGCAUGCAAUCUAUUUCAUGAAAUGAUCCAUCAAGGGGUUGAGCCCGAUGUGGUGACGUACAACUCGGUCGUUGAUGCGUUGUGCAAGGCCAGGGCAAUGGACAAAGCAGAGCUAGUCCUUCGUCAGAUGGUUGCUGAUGGUGCUCAACCCAAUGCAGUGACAUAUAAUUGCAUGAUUAAUGGAUAUGCCACAUCUGGGCGGUUGAAAGAGGCUGCUAAAAUGUUCAGAGAAAUGAAAAGCCGGGGCCUUAUACCAGAUAUUUUUACUUGCAACUCCUUAAUGACUUACCUUUGCAAGCAUGGAAGAAGCAAAGAAGCUGCAGAAUUUUUUUAUUCGAUGACAGCAAAGGGCCACAAACCGGAUAUCGUCUCAUACUGUAUUUUGCUUCAUGGGUAUGCUACUGAAGGAUGCUUUCCUGAUAUGAUUGAUGUCUUUAAUUCAAUGGAAAACAAUGGUAUUGCAGCCGACUUCCAUGUUUUCAACAUAUUAAUUGAUGCAUAUGCUAAACGUGGAAUGAUGGAUGAAGCUAUGCUGAUAUCAAGUAAAAUGCAGGAACGCAGAGUGAAUCCUGAUAUAGUCACCUAUUCCAGCAUAAUAGCUGGACUUUCCAGAUUGGGUAGGCUGACUGAGGCCAUGGAAAAAUUCAAUCAGAUGAUUGCCUUGGGAGUACAACCGAACAAAGUUGUUUAUCACGCGCUGAUUCAGGGUUUUUGCAUAGAUGGUGAUUUGGCUAAAGCUAAGCAGUUGGUUUCUGAAAUGAUGAACAGAGGUAUUCCUCGUCCUAACAUUUCGUUCUUUAGUUCACUAAUAAAGAGUCUCUGCCAAGAAGGAAGGGUUAUGGAUGCCCAUGAUAUCUUUGACUUGGUUAUAGACAUGGGUGAGAGGCCUGAUGACAUUUUAUUUAAUUCACUGAUUGACGGAUACUGCUUAGUCAGGAAGAUGGAUAAAGCAUUAAAAGUACUUGAUGUCAUGGAAUCAGUUGGUGUUGAGCCUGAUGUUAUUACAUACAAUACACUUGUUAAUGGCUAUUGUAGAAAUGGAAGGAUCGGUGAUGGUUUGACUCUGUUCAGAGAGAUGCCGCGUAAGAGAAUUAAACCUGACACUAAUUCAUAUUGCGUCAUAAUGGAUGGGUUGUUUCGUUCUGGGAGAACUGUUUCUGGAAGGGAAAUGUUCCAUGAGAUGAUCGAAAGUGGAACAACAGUCAGCAUUUCCACAUACAACGUAAUACUAGGAGGUCUUUGUGGAAAUAAUUGUGCAGACGAAGCGAUUGCCCUGUUCCAGAAAUUAGGUUCAAUGAAUGUGAAGUUCAGUAUUGCAAUAGUCAAUACCAUGAUCGAUGCAAUGUACAGGGUUGGGAGAAGAGAAGAAGCUAAGGAACUUUUUGCUGGAAUAUCAGCCAGUGGGUUGGUGCCUAAUGAAUCUACUUAUGGAGUAAUGAUUAUGAAUCUUCUAAAAGAUGGAGCAGUGGAAGAUGCUAACAAUGUGUUUUCAUCAAUGGACAAGAGUGGUAUAGUCCCCAGCUCUCGUCUGUUAAAUGAUAUUAUCAGAAUGUUGUUGGAAAAAGGUGAGAUCGCCAAGGCCGGAAAUUAUUUGUCUAAAGUUGAUGGGAAGAGCAUCUCCCUAGAAGCUUCAACAACUUCAUUAAUGUUGUCUCUCUUUUCAAGAGAAGGGAAAUAUCGGGAGGACAUGAAAUUGCUUCCUGCAAAGUACCAAUUUUUCGAUGGAUUUUUAUCAGCCAGUGGGUUGAUGCCUGAUGCUUAUACUUACAACGUAAUGAUAAACAAUCUUCUAAAAGAAGGAUCAGUGGAAGAAGUUGACAAUAUGUUUUCAUUGAUGGAGAAGAGUGGUUGUGCUCCCAGCUCUCAUCUUGUAAAUGAUAUCAUCAGAAGGUUGUUGGAAAAAGGUGAGAUUGCCAAGGCUGGAAAUUAUUUGUCUAAAGUUGAUGGGAAGAUCAUCUCACUUGAAGAUUCAACCACUUCAUUGUUGUCGUCUCUUUUUUCAAGCAAAGGGAAAUAUCGGGAGAACAUCAAGUUACUUCCUGCAAAUUAUCACUUUUUAGAUGGAUUUAGUCGCAUUGCACAUGAGACUAACUCCUAAGAAAGCACGGUUCAACUCUUUUCUUGCCAUAAGGCCCUCCUGCUAGUACAAGAUAUCUUAGUGGCCUGCUUUGUACCUUCAAUAUUUCAUUGAGUUCAUUUUGUGAUGUGUCAAAGUCACAAGAAUGUGUAAUGUCUAUGAAUCUUUUGAUCUUCGAUGGGCAAGGAAAGGUAGACCA